CCCCCCUCCAACGAAUCGACAAAGCACUUUGCGCCAACUCAAGUAUACCCCGGCCAGGAUACCAAAAAAAACCAUAUCGACAAUAAAAUCAGGUGGCUAAAGAAAUGUCAUCGUCAACUAGCUCAGAAACACAACUCUUAGCGGAGCACUUUGGCUACCCUCCAGUCAGUCUCCUAGAUGAUAUCAUCAACAGCAUAAACAUCCUGGCCGAGCAGGCCCUCAACAGCGUCGAGAGGGGCCUGCUCGCCGCCAAACCCGCCAGCCUGGGAUUCCGCGCACCGCCGCCCCCGUCGAAAAAGACCAAGCACAAUGCGACGACAACGGCCGCAGCAGAAGACGCUCCCCAGCCGUCUCCCGAGGAGGCGCAGAGGCACGAGGUGGAAAAUGGCACCCACCAGCUCGAGACCCUGCUGUGCGCGAGCAUCGAUCGCAACUUUGACAUCUUUGAGAUCUGGGUCAUGCGCAAUAUAUUAACUGUGCGACCCGACGACCGCGACUGGAUCAGGCUGUCACACUAUGAAGGGUUGGACUUCUCGGCCGCAAGUAAAAGGAGGAAAGCUGCAGGGACGGAACCCGGUCAUGACGGAGCAAUGGAUACUGAGGGCGCGGAGGGCGAGAAAGAGCCGACCAACCAGCCAGGGGCCGGCGGCGAAGAUGGGAACCCAGACGCGGCAGAAACAGGGAGCGACGCACCGACACUAGCGUCCGUGGCCCGACUCCGCCGCCGUCUCCAGGCCAGCCAGAAGCUCAACGUGAUGCUGCAUGCCGAACGGGCACGGAACGCCAAGCUUCUCGAGGAGCUUCGGGAGUUCCUCCAUGGCGCAUCCGGACCCGCUGCCGUCAAAGUGGAAACCGGCGAGAGCCAAAACCAAACAAACCUGGCAUUCCUCCGAAGCAAGGGAGACCUCACAGUCGGCGACGCCGAGACACCCUUGACGACGACGACGGCGUUCAGCCUCUCCCAGCUGCAAGCCCUCCGUGCGCUUUCGACCUCGCUGCGAACCAUGAUGCCGGAUCUUGUGCAGAGCACUAGUGGCGCAGAUCAAAGUGAUACCAAGAAGAGCUGGAGGACCGAGAGACUCGAGUACGUCGAGGGGUCGACGCGGAGGCACCUCGAGAACGUCAGAGGACUAGAGCUGGGGGCUAGUGGCUAUGUACGUGACGGCGAGUGGCAAGGUGAAGGGAGGAGUCUUGCAAAAGGUGAGGUUGAAGGGCUGGAAAGAAUUGCCGGUGUUCUCGGAGCUAAACCGAAUAAUGGUGUUCGGAAACCAGAAACCGGUACAGCGGAUGCUAUGGACGAGUCUUGAUGGUUGUAAUGUGUCGGUAUGUGAUGAAUAAUGAAGCUCAACGGAAAGCGAUAUCUGAUCUUGCAUUUGAAAAAGAAAAAAAAAAUACAUGUAAUCA